GGGAUCUCUUGUUUCGUUUCUUCUCUUUGGAUCCAUUCCUUCAUGUACCCCUCCCAAUUUCUUAAAUCGUUGUUGCUUCUACAAGGCUUAAUGAGCUUGUAUAACAAGUUUCUCUAGGAGGUGUUUAAGGGUCAGAUCCAGCUUUCAGAAGAGGGUGGUUGAGAGCUGAAAGUUUUGAAAUUUAGUCAACUUUGCUCCACAGAACCUUCUAGGAAGCUACCUCAAGUAGACAGCUUUGUUGACGGGCUACAAGCCAGCCAGUGGUAAAGAUAUGUUUCUGUAGAAGGGGUAAUCUCGAGCAUAUAAAGGAGAUGGCUUUCUACUCUGAGGAUGACAAGAGCGAAGACUACCUCUUUAAGAUCGUUCUAAUUGGUGAUUCUGCUGUGGGGAAAUCAAAUUUGCUUGCCAGAUUUGCGAGGGAUGAGUUCUAUCCCAAUUCAAAGUCGACGAUUGGAGUGGAGUUUCAGACACAAAAGAUGGAUAUUAAUGGAAAGGAGAUCAAAGCACAGAUAUGGGACACAGCGGGUCAAGAACGUUUCAGAGCAGUCACUUCUGCGUAUUACCGAGGUGCAGUAGGAGCUCUUCUGGUUUACGACAUCAGCAGACGGCAGACUUUUCACAGCAUUGGUAGAUGGCUCAACGAGCUACACACACACUCUGAUAUGAAUGUUGUGACGAUCCUGGUGGGCAACAAGUCGGAUCUGAAGGACUUGAGAGAAGUGUCAACAGCGGAAGGGAAGGCAUUGGCUGAAGCACAAGGUCUUUUCUUCAUGGAGACAUCUGCUCUGGACUCAUCAAACGUGGCAGCUGCGUUUGAGACGGUUGUGAAGGAGAUAUACAACAUACUGAGCAGGAAAGUGAUGAGCUCACAGGAGCUAAACAAGCAAGAUCCUGCUUCACUCAGCAAUGGCAAGAAAGUUGUGAUUCCAUCAGAUGGGCAGGGGGAGUCCAAGAAAGGUGGAUGCUGUUCUUCUUGAUAGAAACUAAAAUUGUAGAGAGCUUAAAAAGGAAGGUUAUUAUUGAUCAUCUGUUUGAUUGUUUAUUUUGUCCACGCUGACAUGAAUGUUGAAGUUUGAGAUGGGCUUGUGUUGUGGUGUGGAAGUGUUUAGGGUGUAGUAGCAAUCUGUAAAUUUUCUAUUGCAGAAUCUUUAUGAAACUCACACUAGUCUCUCCAUAAAGUUUGUUGUUUAAC